AUGAAAACGUCAACGUCGAAAAACUUCGCGGAGGCGAACGCUAACGCCAGUGGGAAUUGCCGCGGGAACAAGCUCAAUGCCUCUAAAAAUGCCUUCACAGAUGCGGCCUCCGUAAUAUGGAUCGAAAAGGAAAAAUUAGAUUCCAUUAUUCACAUCCCCCUGUAUUCAGAUCUGUCCAAGUAUCUCUCCGAUUUGAGCAAACACCCAGUGAAGCAGGAGAAGGAAGAAGAGGAGGGAGGAGGACUGCUCUCCAAGAUUUUCCUACUCUUUGAUGAUAACAGUUGCAACAUUGCCCUUGACAUAUCCGUAGGUGUCGAGUCGAGCAGGGGAGACCUGACCAGUGGGUGCCUGACGAACUGCUCAAAGUCAACCCAUUUGAGGAUGGGAAAGAGACUGCAUGCUCUAUACGAGUCCGACAACAACAAAAUCCCGCUUCUCAUCUACGAGCGGUUCUACUUCUGGAGCCUCCACUUCUUAUUUGAAAAAUCGAAAAUAAAAAGACAGAAAUUAAACAUCUCCUCAGACAUCAAUGGAAGAUACGGAAUUAAAGGACUUAACAAAUAUGAUGAAGACGUAUAUAUAUACACAUCCAUUUAUAAUUCUGCAUAUAAUCGAAAUGACGAUGAGAACAACGUCGAGGUUACCAGCUACUCUCAGCUGGGCACGCACACCUACAACGAAGUGAACAAAGAAUUAAACAUAUCCAACAAGGACUACAUAAAGUAUUUGUACCUUAAUGAUCUUAAGAAUAACGCCAUGAAGGAGAAGAGGUCAAAAGGUGGGGGUGAUGGAGCUGCUGCUGGUAAUGCAGGCCGAGACACUGGCGAAGCGUUUAAGAGCAGAGCCUCGAUCGGAGAUCCCUUUUUCCAAAAAGGCCUCUACUCGAACAACGGAAUAAAAUGGUACCGCCUGAAGAUAAAAAUUGAGAGCGUGGAGAAAAAGAAGACAAACGAAAACAAAAACCAAAACCUCAGCAGAAGUAAAGGAGGCCCCAUCGUCAGACAUCACUUCAGUUUCAACAGCUACAACGACAGCAGAAAGAACAACAAUAAACAGAUCAAAGACAACGUUGGUGGAAACAGAAAUGUCGGCAGCUACCACAAUAAUAAAAGAGUCUUCUCCUGUGAGCAGAGGACCCUGAACAAUCCCAACAGCUUUAAAAAAGAAACAUGUGACCCCACCUUUAACGCAGAUCUCGUGCACAAGAUUAACCACUUCUCUCUUAUAGACAAACACGCCACGAAGAGAAACAUUAACAAUUUAAUUAAGAUACAGAAGAGGUCAUUUUCUAUGUUCCACCAAGAAAAUGACAGAAAUUUAUUGGACAUCUCAAACGAUGAACUGUUGAUGCUGUCCUCCAAUAGAAGGAGCGGAUCCGUCUUCGAUUCCAAUAAGAGGAAAACCCUAGCUAGUUGCGGCAAUCAGACUGGGAAGAGGCGUAAAAGGAGUAACUGGUUCUACUACAAAAGCAGCAGCAAUGAAACGAACUGCAGCCUGGAUGAUGACGAUAAAAGCACAUCCAGGGGAAAUUCGGUCUGCGCGCCGGACCGUGGAUCCGAUUACGUGGAGAAUAAACGGAAGAAGAAAGAGGAGGCUCUAUACUGUAAACUUGGGCGUGGCGACAAGAAUGGGGAGGACAAGGGGGACGACAGGGGGGACCGCCCCUGCCAAAGUUUCACCAGCUGCGACUUGGCGUGUACUCCAAGCAGAAAUCGCACUAGGAACUCGAAGGAGGCCCGUUCGCCCAAGGGAACGCAACCCCUCGAUGGUGAAAUGAACGAAGCUGCAGAGGACGUCGCCGAGGGAAUGGCCCACGCAGAGGACAGCUUCCCAAAUUCGCGCAUACCAUCCGAGAUCAGGGCGUACGUGCGAACGGUCAACGCAGGGGAGUCGAGCACAGAAUUCCACAGCUUCGACGUUGAAGAAGAAGUGGAUGGGAUGGCGAGCCCUCCAGUAGUAGCGGUAGGCCCCCCAGAAAACAACCGAGAGAAGGAGGAAAGACAAAUAAAAACGAAUGCACUGCUCAUUGAGGACAAAAAGAGCCCUGGACUCCUAACCAAGAACACGAAGGUGUACCAAGAAAAUGUUGACGAAUACAACUCUGAAUUUAAGAGUAUAAUAUCGGAGCCUUCUGAUCAAAAAGAGAGGACAGAAAAAAUAAAAAGGAGAAGGGAUCACAACAGAGAAACACAAACAAUAUACUUAAAUAAAAUUUUAAACAGCAUUGUGAAUAAAGAGAAGUCGCAUUUGAAUUGUCUCUCUAAGAGCUUUAAAAGAAUUGAAGGAUUUUACAAACAGAACUACAAAAUAUACAUCAUCGAAAGUAAGGAUGAUUUAAAUAACAAGAGAAACUGUUUUAAGAGUGACGUCCAUGCAUACGAUUUGUCUGCCCCAGCAAGUGACGACAUUAAUAAGGAGCUGAACAUAUUGGGCCAGUUUAAAAUGUACCUGCGCAGGUGCAAGGGGGAAUAUCGCCCGAGGAAGUACCAAAGGCACAUCACCACAGGUGCUGGGAAGCCAAUAGGCGUAGGAAAAAACGGACCCGACUUUCUGACAAAUGUCAGCUGCAUAGUGAAGAAGGAACACUCCAAGGAGAAUCGCCCCGGUGACAACAACGCGGGGGAGAACUCACCCAAGAGGGAAAGCGAACAAAGGGGUACUCCAAUCAAGAGUACUUUAACAAAGAUGAUUCCAGAGGAAGCAGUAGAAAAAGCAAAAGAAGCAGAGGAAGAAGAGGAAGCAGAAGAAGCAGAAGAAGGAGAUGAACCCCCCAGCAGUUCAUCGCAAAGGGAAGCCAUAAACACGCACCUGACAAAACAGAACCCACCCGAAAACGGAAUCAUAUUUUAUGCUUACAAUAAGAAAAAUCCAAGUACCGUAAAAGAGCUAAAGGAAGGAGACUGUCUCUACAUAAAAUUUAACUCCUCAUAUGAUGAUUAUGAUAAAAUUAGGGUAGUAAAAAAGGACGACCUUCUUCAAAUUAUUGUUUGCCUAAUGAGGGACCAAGAUUGUCUGAAGCUGUCAAACAUAUCAACGUAUUCUCCUGACCUGCUCUGGAAUCUCUCCGUGCACUUCAAAAAUAACACAUACGACAUGGAGUUGAAUCUUGAAAAGAUGUACACCCACUUUUGUAGGUACUAUGAGAUGACCUCGGUCGAUGGGAGACCGAGCUUGGAUUUGCAGCUGGGGUUCGCGCCCAUGGUGGAGCCAGUGGGUGAUCGGCAGUUCGCUUUGCAGCUGGGUGCCCGAGGGGACCGCCAACCGGGCAGCUCCCUCGAACGGUCGUCCGAGCGCCUCUCUGAGUGCUCCUCCGAGGCCGUCUCCAAAUCAGGCGCGAAGGCCGCAAAAGGCAUGCGUAGAUUCAAAAGCGCAAAAACAGUCAAGAGAGAAAACCUGAAAGAAAUAGAAAUCAUGAAGCUCAAGGACUACGUGUCCUUCCUGGACAAAUUUCUGCAAAAUGUGAAUGAUGUCAAGCUAAAGAAACUUAAAAACAUACAAACAACAGAGUACUACAAAAAGUAUGAAUUUGACCGAAACAUAAACAAGCUGAAUAAGCAACAGCUGCUUGAAUUAUUUGUUGACAGAAAGAACGAAAUGAAUACGAUUCCUCUUUCUUUUUUAAAAGAAAAGAGUAGAAACAUCAUAUAUGAGGAGAACAUUAAAAUGAAUAUGUUCGCCUGCAUCAAAAUAAUAUUUGAUGAUGUCAAGGGCAGAUGCAUCUACGCAGCUAGCGAUUUGAACAAAUUUGAUUUUGUCUUUGAGUAUGUUGGAGAGUUACUCACACAUAAUGAGGCAAUGGAACGUGAAAGGAAAUAUAAUAGGAAUAAAAAGAAGGGAUGUUAUAUGUUUUACUUUAAACAUGAAAAUAAAAGGUACUGUAUUGACAGCACGGAGGAAAAUAUCGAUGCGGCUAUCAAUAACAAAGACAAAAAAUACUUCUUGAGAUCCUUCGCUAGGCUUGUUAAUCACUCCAAGAAGAAUUCCAACCUCAUUCCCAAGGUACUCACCGUUGCGAAUCUCCCUCGUCUCUUCUUUGUUGCUUCCCGCAACAUCAAGGAGGGCGAGGAGCUGCUCAUCGACUACGGCGAGCGCAACCGCGAGAUAAUCAAGAAUAACGAGUGGCUCAAGUGCUGA